CAGAGGGAGGGAGGGGGAAACGGCGUAUGCUUGUAUACAACCCUGAUUUCCAUUUUUUUCCCAACUCGUAAUGUAUUUAAUUCAAGUGAAACGUAAUCAUGACGUGUCGUGUCAUUAAUCUCCUCGCCGCCUCUCCCAAAAUCAAAGGAGGCCGCCGCAGAAGUGUGUCCCCCAUCAGCCGAGACAACAAAGAAUGGCAUAAUAUCACACACAGUGAAGAGGAUGGAUUCUCCACCAGAAUGUGUGUUGUCGCUUUCCUGUGAGCAGCCCCAGUCUCCCCCAACACUGCCCUCCCUGGACCACAGCCCCCAGGCGUCGUCCCCCCACACACAGCUCUCUCUACCCGACAGCCCCAUUCUCCUGGCUGUUCACAGCCCUGAACCUUCUCCUCAGAGCCCGGACACCACGCCCUAUUUCCCCCUCUCUCCCUCCCCUCUCCACGAGAACAUCAACAUUAUUAAUCACCACAUUAUUGACGAAGAGGACGAUGAGGAAGGACUGGAUGGAGUUCCACCAUCCCCGACCCCAGCGGUGGCUCUGUUUCCAGGAAGUGGUGGACAAGAAGCUGGAUGCAGCCCUUGUUUGGAUACCUCUCCUCCGGCUACUCCAUCAGCACCACUCCUUGGGUUUGGAGCCCUGGAGCUGGCCCUGUCCUCUGGACAGAGUGGAAACUCCAGCGAAGAGCUAGAUCUCCAGCUUUUCCAGAAGGAUACUGUUACCAGGGCAAUACCUGGAGUGGGAGGGGCCUCAUCAGGGCCUGCACUCAGGUUUCCCUGUCACGUGUGUGGGAAGAGAUUUAGAUUCCAAAGUAUUUUGUCUCUUCAUGCCCGCGCUCAUAGUCUAGACAGAGACCGCAGGGCUACAGCCCUCUACCGGUCUGGACUUCCCUCAGCGCCGCUAAAGCAGCACCUCAAGGUCCAACAGAACCACAAAGACAUAAUACAGAAUCACAGAAGUCACACAAACCAGCGUUUACUGCCAGGGACACUCAUCCAGCAUCUCACAGAGGAAGAGGAUGUUGAUGGCGGGGUCAAAGGUUUUGAUGAAGGCCUACAGACAGACAACAACCCAAACUUUUUACUGGAUGAUAGCACACCACUGACCCCUCCACUUACAGAGGAUCCUGUCUCUGUGACCUCUCCCUAUUCUACCAUAGGGGAGGGUGCAUCUACUCCCACAGCAACAACAUUUCGCUGUCAUGCCUGCAAAGGCAAAUUCCGCACAGCCUCAGAGUUGGCACGCCAUGUCCGCAUUCUCCAUAACCCGUAUAAAUGCACUCUUUGUCCUUUCUCUGCCAGUCAAGAAGAGAGCCUGGCAUCACAUUUGCAAGAGUGCCACCCUUCUCCCGAGGUACCUGCUCUGCCACUGGCUUUCAAUUCGAGGCCCAUUAUCGCAACCCCUGACACUCCUGUUCCCACCCCAUCUCACACUCCAGCCCCAACCCCAAGCACCCCACAGGUGACAUCAGCUGCCACAGCAGCUGCAUCCGCUUCACUGCCAGCAUUUCGCUGUGAUACCUGUGGACAACGGUUUACCCAGUCUUGGUUCCUCAAGGGACAUAUGCGAAAGCACAAAGACUCCCUGGACCAUAAGUGCAAGGUAUGUGGCCGUGGCUUCAAGGAGCCUUGGUUCCUCAAAAAUCACAUGAAAGUACAUCUCAACAAGCUUGGGCUCAAAGCUGGGCUGGGAAUUCUUGGGGGACCAGGGACUGCUGAGCAGCAGGCCAAAGGCUCUGGAAGUAAUCACUCCCUCAAUGCCCUCUACUCUAGUCUCCUUAUGGCUCAGCGAGGAGGUGGCAGAGGGGGGAGGUCAGAGAGGAGCAGUGGAGGCAGACUAGAGAUGGGCUCAAGUAAGUCAGCCAUCUUAGGCUACCUUGGGCUUCCCAGUGAUGGCAGUGGAGCCAGCUGCAUGGAGAGACUUCAAGCAGUGGCUCAGGUGGCAGAGAUGGGAAAUGGUGGUGGUGGGCUUGGUGGCCCAGGAGGAGGCGACCCAGGAAGACGAGGGGGAGCAGCUAGAAGCUCAAGUGACGCUACAGCAUCAGUAUCUGAAGGAGGGGAACAGGCAACAUGGUGGCAACUGGUGGCUCGCAGCCUUGCAGUUGCUCAGCAGCAGCAGCAGCAGCAGCAGCAACAGCAACAGCAACAGCAGCAGCAGCAGCAGCAACAGCAGCAACAGCAACAGCAAGGCCAACGAGGCCAGGGUCGGAGCUCAGUGAUCACCGAGUCUGACCAAGUCAGAGCCUACCUUGCAGGCCUGGAGUCAAGAGAGCAGUCUGGAGCAGCAGGAGGACCAUGGGAAUGCCCAGACUGUGGGAAGCUUUUCCGCAGUUUCCAGCAGGUUGUGGUUCAUGCUCGGGUCCAUGCUCAAAGACCCCAGAAAGGAGCAGGCGGUGAGGAGGAGGGAAGCAGUAGUAGAAGAGGAGCGGGGCUAGGAAGAGGAGGCAGCAGUGAAGCAAGACAGGAGUCUCAGCUACACAGUAGUGGAUCCCAACAUGCCGGAGAAGUGAGACAGGAAUCAAAACUACAUGGUGGUGGAUCACAACAACCAAGUGCAGCUACAGGGUUUCACUCUGUCAUCUCAAGCUUCAAAGGAGAAAAUGGCUUGACGGCAGUCUCCUCGAUACCUUCAGUUCCCAUCAGGGAGCGAGUGCGUGGUAGAGGGAUAAAAGACUGCCCCUACUGUGGUAAAGCCUUCCGCUCGUCACACCACCUUAAAGUGCACCUAAGAGUUCACACAGGUGAGAGACCCUACAAGUGUCCGCACUGUGACUAUGCGGGAACCCAAUCAGGCUCGCUGAAGUACCAUCUCCAGCGGCACCACAGGGAGCAACGCAAUGCCCUGUCAGCCUCAUCCAACUCCACCGGCCUAACCUCCACCAUCAACAGUUUGACCUCUGGAACUCCUGGGUUGGUCAAGCAGCGCCGAUCCCAAAUAAACCACGGUCCACUCAACCGAGGUCCAGCAGACCAGGCCUCGUCUCGGCCAAGUCAACAGUCCUGGCUCCUGGGGCUUCCAGACCAACGCGAGCAUCAAAAGGCCUUGGCUGCACUAAGGGAUGUUGACUUGGAGACCCAAUACAGGUAUCUGUCUGGGGUGAUGGGAGCUCUUUACCAGGGAGGAAUGGAAGGUGGCUGGAUUAGAGAGUCUCCCCCACCAAAGGCCCCUAAAGUGUCUCGGCGUAAGCCCCUUACUACGAGCCGAAUGGUCCAACCCUCAAGUGACAAGGAAGGGCCUGCACCUUCAACUCAAGGUGGAGGGUUUGAACCCUUGGAUCUCUCCCGUCGUCCCUCACCUGGCCUUGGAGAAAUGGAAGAAGAUGGUGUCAUGGGUGUUGGGGAAGGAGGAGUUGUUGAUGGUGGUGACAGCUCAUCAGGGGUGAAACUGAGCCAGUGUUUGUUCUGCUCUUUCCGUACAUCUUCUGCAGAGCUGAUGGCUAUGCACUUGCAGGUCAACCACACCAGUAAGUCUAGACGCAAAAGAAGCUCUUCUACUAUCAUAGAAAAUAAUGGGCCCCCAAAGGCCACCAAGCCCCGAAUGGAUCACUCCGAACUGGAUUCCUUGGGGUUAUGGAGGCAUGAAAGUAAUGCUGGGUCCCAGGCACCACUAAGGGGAUGGUCCUCAACCAUGGCCCAGACCCUCAAUGGGGUCUCUGAGGAUAAAACAGAACAUCUGGAUCAUAGUCUUGACCUCCCAGGCUACAACAUGGCCUCAGCAUCCAAGAAUGUAAUGGACAGUCUGGGGCUGAAUGAGAAGUUAGAGGACGAGGAUGAGGAGGAAGAGGAUGAGGAAGACCAAGAAGAGGAACUGGAAGAACAUUUGGAAAACAGCAGUUUGGAAGAUUCACAAGAUCAGGAUCUGAGGAUGUCCCUUGCUCUUUCACCAAUCCUUAGCUCCAACCACAUGAUGGAAGAGGAGGAAAGAAUUUGAACGGGAUUUCGGAUGACUGCAUCGACAAGGAGGUUAAAUAUAACUGAAAUAUAACUGAAGUAUCAGCAGGAGGCUUUGCAGACAGAAAGGGGUUUUUAAGUCAAAUGAAGAAUAUCCUCCUUUAUGCUUUUAUUUCUAAAGAAGUUGCAGGGAAUUUUGGAAAAGAUGGAAGGAUCACAGCUGUUACAUUCCCUCCAAAAUGAUUUGUCUUCAGUCUUGACAGUGUGGUCCACCUCAACAUAUGGUAAAUGUCCUGUAAAAACAAGAGCAUGGCUGCAUCUCUUCAGGAUUUCUAGACCACUUUUUUUUCCCCUUUUGUGUCAGAUGAUUUUUUUUUUUUUUUUUUUUUUUUUAAGGCUGACCUCCUGUUUGAAAAGUAAAAGCAGAGAACCUCGGGCAGAGCCUGCAUCAUUCCAGAAUGCACUGCAAUGCAUUCAUUUCACAAUUAUAAAGGACUGUUUAUGGCAGAAUGCUAUAGUCAUACUAAUGAAGUUGACUGUGAAGAGACGCUCUCCUGACUGACCACUGAACAGUUUGAAAACCUUAAGCUUCAAGUUCCUCCUCAAAGUGUAAAGAUGUGGAGGAUCUGGCGUUUCAAGCUGUGAACCUCAGCUAAGCUAUUUGGUAUUAAUUUAAGGCGUGAGGUAACUGUUGCAGGCUGUGUGCUUUCUUUCAACUGUAUAUCACUGCCUUGUUUGUCUGAAAAGUGUUCCUAGAUGAUUGUCCUCAAGAAACCGAAAGAAGUUAUUAUUUUUUUUGGCUUCCUUUUCAGUUAGUGCCUGUUCACGUACUGUAUGUUAUCAAGAGAGUCUCUGUUUUUCCUCAGCUCACGAUAGGUCAUUUUGUUUUAUCUGAAUAUACAAGUUUAAAACAAUUUAAGUACAGUAUAUUUGUUAAAAAGUGGUUCUAGAUUGUUGUGAAUAGUGACGUAAAAGAAAUGCCACACGGCAGUGUGAUGUCCUGACGCAGACAGCAGCUGUUUGUGGCUCGAUUUGAAAAGAACAAAAAAAUAAAUAAAAGAGUAGGUGAUAUACAAGAUGUACAAUGCAAUGAAAGAGGUCAAAGGCCCAGCAGUUUAAAAAAAAAGAAAAAAGGUGGGGGUCAUAGUUAAAAAUUUAGUGUUUACAAUGGUGCUGGAUGUGGGUUAGGGUUGCCAAGACAACUUGAGGUCAGCGUAGCUGCGUGUCAAAGAAAAACUAAACCACAAAAAGCGGGAGUCGGUUUGAGGGCUGUAGGGACGUCGCUCGAGCCCCAGAACACAAUCAACUGACACAUUGUUUUUAAAGAGACUGCGACUUUGCAACUGUGUCAAGAAAACAAUUUUAAUUUUUUUUUUCAAUAGGAGAGAAGAGACAAGGUAGAGAAUGAAAUGCCUGCCAAACAGGACUAAACCUGAGAAACAGACUGUACUCUCUGGGUACAGUGUCUUUUAGAUGAGUAGAUUCCCUCUCUUCUUCUUCUUUUUUUUUUUAAUAAGAAAAGAAAAGACAAUGGUAGGAGUAAUAAUUAAAAACACUAACAAAUGCAUAGACAUCCCAGUAGAUAGUGUAGCUUUUGUAAAGACAAGAAGAAAAAAAAAAUGUGUGUGUUUAUUUUCAUUUCAAGAUUCUUACAGAAAAGGUUAUCAAUAUAGGUAAUAUUGAUUAUAAUGUUCCUGAGCUAAGACUAGUUGGAAUGUCUACAUUACAGAGCACUGUGCAAGGUUUGAGUUCCCAAAGUAGUUGUCUUUAUUUUGACUUUAUCAAUAGACCAAACAUUUUGUUCAACGGAAGUCGUCACUUUUUGUUCGUUUGUUUGGUUCUUUUUGAACGUGUAAAGUUGUGGUUUCAGUAGAAUUAGCCCCAUCGAUUAGCAAAAGUCUGUC